UAAAAAAAAAGGACAUUUUUCUUCAAUUAACCACAUGCUAUUUUUCACUUCAGCAGCUCAACUACCACACCGGAAAGUUAACCGUCGCCGUUCGGAGCUCCGGCGAAGUUUCAAAUGUUGACAGAUUAUUUCUCUUGUCUGUUACCGGGUCGGAGCUCCGAUUCCGGUGAUAGUGUUGUUGCUGAUAGAAACCCGGUUUUGUUGGUAUCGGGUCUUGCCGGGUCCAUUCUCCAUUCUAAGAGUAAGAAAUUUGGCAGUUUCGAGACCCGAGUUUGGGUCCGACUUCUCCUAGCUGAACAUGAGUUCAAAAAAAAGUUAUGGUCAAUUUACAAUCCAAAAACAGGGUAUACAGAGGCAUUGGAUGAUAGCACAGAGAUAGUAGUCCCACAAGAUGAUUAUGGACUCUAUGCAAUUGACAUUUUGGAUCCUUCACUGAUGGUUAAGUGUGUACACUUGACCGGUGUAUACCAUUUUCAUGAUAUGAUUGAUAUGCUUGUCAAAUGUGGAUAUAAAAAGGGAACUACGUUGUUUGGUUUUGGUUAUGACUUCCGCCAAAGUAAUAGGAUUGACAAGGCAAUGAAUGACCUGAAAGAAAAGUUGGCAGCAGCUUAUAAAGCUUCUGGGGGAAGAAAAGUCGAUAUUAUUUCGCAUUCCAUGGGUGGAUUGUUAAUCAAAUGUUUCAUUUCUCUUUAUAGUGAUGUAUUUUCCAAGUAUGUGAAUAAGUGGAUUACCAUUGCCACCCCCUUUCAAGGUGCUCCUGGAUGCAUUAAUGAUUCUCUUUUAACUGGAGUGCAGUUCGUUGAUGGAUUUGAAAGCAACUUUUUUGUGUCAAGGUGGACAAUGCAUCAAUUGUUGAUUGAGUGCCCAUCAAUCUAUGAGAUGUUGCCAAAUCCUGACUUCAAGUGGGAAAAGCAACCUGAAAUUCUGGUAUGGAGGAAAAAAUCCAAGGAUGGGAAUACAGUGGUUAAAUUAGAACGUUAUGAUGCUAGCACAAGUGUGACUCUCUUUGAGGAAGCAUUGAAGACCAAUGAGCUCAACUUACAUGGUAAAACAAUGCCUCUACCUUUCAACUUAUCAAUUCUUGAUUGGGCAGCUAGUACUCGCAAAAUUUUAAAUGAUGCUCAAUUGCCGAAAGGGAUGCCCUUAUAUAACAUCUAUGGGACAUCUUUUGAUACACCUUUUGAUGUCAGUUACGGUUCAGAAGCUUCUCCAAUUGAGGACCUAACAAAUGUCUGCCAUACAAUGCCCCAAUAUUCCUUCGUGGAUGGUGAUGGAACUGUUCCAACUGAAUCAGCAAUGGCUGAUAAUUGUGAAGCAGUGGAAAGAGUAGGAGUUCAGGCUGGUCACAGGGGACUAUUACGAGAUGAGAAAGUUUUUGAGCUUAUCAAGAAAUGGCUUGGCGUCUCCGAUAAAAAGAAGGUGCAUUCCAGAACCUCUAGAGUAAUGGACCUUUAUGCAGGUCAAUAGUUGUAAACAAUGUGUUCUGCUCAUUCUUAGAACCUUUCCCUUUUUCUUCUCUCAGUUUUAUUAGUUGGUAGUUGUAAGUCUACACACGUACAAUUCCUCGAGAAUGUAGAAACUAGCUUCUCAAUCAUCGCGUAUGUUAGUAGCAAUAUGCAUUACACACUCUAGAGAACUGGAAACUUGAACCAACACUUGAUGUAAUAACAAUGUUUUUCGUGUAAAUAUACGUAAGAAUCCAGAGGUUUUAUCGCUCUUUUUUCGUUA